CUAACCUUUCCCACCGGAAGCAGUCAUGUAAAGUAAACCCUGAGAGCUUCUGGAGGUGACAGGGAGCUUCACAUGUAACAAAAAGAUGUCUAAAAACACUAAAAUAGUUCUGGUGUUUGGAGGCUUUAUAACGGCGGUGGCCGCUGCGUUUUAUCCCAUAUUUGUCUACCCUCUGACACAUAAGGAGGAAUACAGAGAAGUCCAGAAGGCGAAUCGGGUAGGAAUCAACCAGGCCGAUAUUCAGCCUGCAGGUGUGAAGAUCUGGUCUGAUCCGUUCAAGCCUGUAGAGAAAUGAAGACGGAUGAUCCCACAGAAGUCCUGCUCACUGAUGCUAUUGAAAUCAUGAAUAUGUUUUUGGAGUGCUUGGUGUGUGCCUGAGUGAAAUACUUACCGAUUUCUUUGACUGCUUGGGAUGCGUUUCUGUUUAAAUAAAGUCAACCAAUAAAAAUGUAAGAAGUGAUCGUGUUUUUGUUGACCACAAGGGGGCGUACUGUCCCCUCCUGUUCUGAAAGGCACCGAAAUAGGGAAAGCUUUAUUUUAAGGGAGGGUGUUGGGAAGGGAGAAUCUUUGUAUUUCUAAAAGUCUCACUCUGGUAUGCAGUAUGUAAGUAAUUAUAAUAAAAUGUAAAAGUUUGUUUACAUGUCUC